GCAAACUCGGAACACUAAUAAAAGCUUCUCUUCCAUCCCUGGGCUCCAUCUCUCCUCGCGAUCCAUCGUCUCGUUGAAACCGUCGACAUGGAGAUCUCCUCGGAUGCGCCGCCGAUCCGAGGCGGCGAUGGCGUCAAACCGUCGUCUUCUUCUGCCACUUUGUUGAAACCUGGAGGCAUGAAGGAGAACGAAGCGCCAACGAAAGUGGCAGCAAGGUACGAGGAGGAAGAGGAGGAGGAAGAGGAGGACGUGUGCCGGAUCUGCCGGAACCCGGGUGACUCCGAUAACCCACUUCGUUUCCCGUGUGCGUGUAGCGGAAGCAUUAAGUACGUCCACCAGGAUUGCCUUUUGCAGUGGCUCAAUCACAGCAACGCUCGCCAGUGCGAGGUCUGCAAACAUGCAUUUUCCUUCUCCCCUGUUUAUGCUGAGAAUGCUCCAGCGAGGCUCCCUUUCCAGGAGUUUGUAGUUGGGAUGGCAAUGAAAGCUUGCCAUGUUCUGCAAUUCUUUCUGCGCCUUGGUUUUGUCCUUUCUGUUUGGCUCCUCAUUAUACCUUUCAUUACAUUCUGGAUAUGGCGGUUGGCUUUUGUGAGGAGUUUUGGUGAAGCCCAGAUAUUAUUCCUAAGUCAUUUAUCCAUAACACUAAUCCUUACUGAUUGCCUACAUGGGUUUCUACUUUCUGCCAGCAUCGUGUUUAUUUUUCUGUGUGCAACUUCUUUGAGGGAUUACUUCAGGCAUUUACGGGAACUUGGAGGACAGGAUGCUGAGAGAGAAGAUGAAGGGGACAGAAAUGGUGCUCGUGCUGCAAGAAGACCUCCUGGGCAAGCUAAUAGGAAUAAUGCCGGUGAUGGAAACGUUGAAGAUGUGGGUGGAGGACAAGGGAUUGCAGGUGCUGGUCAAAUACUCAGGAGAAAUGCAGAAAAUGUUGCUGCUCGGUGGGAGAUGCAGGCAGCUCGUCUUGAAGCUCAUGUUGAACAGAUGUUUGAUGGUUUGGAUGAUGCUGACGGUGCAGAGGAUGUGCCUUUUGAUGAGCUUGUUGGCAUGCAGGGCCCUGUCUUUCAUUUGGUUGAAAAUGCAUUCACUGUUCUGGCCAGCAAUAUGAUAUUCCUUGGUGUUGUGAUCUUUGUGCCUUUUUCGUUCGGCCGGAUUAUACUUUUUUAUGUAUCUUGGCUUUCCUUUGUUGCUAGUGGUCCAGUUUUGUCAACGGUUCUGCCAAUUACAGACACAGCCCUCUCCUUAGCAAAUAUUACAUUGAAGAAUGCAUUAACUGUGAUAACAAAUCUAUCAUCUGAGAAUCAAGAAAAUGGUGUGCUUGGUCAGGUUGCGGAAAUGUUGAAGGGUAACUAUAGUGGUCUAAAUGAGGCCUCAAACAACAUUAGUUCACCACUUUCGACAGAUCUUUUGAAAGGGGAAACUGUUGCAACAUCACGGCUUUCUGAUGUUACAACUCUUGCCAUUGGAUAUAUUUUUAUUUUUUCUCUAGUUUUCCUCUAUCUUGGCAUUGUUGCGCUGAUUCGAUACACCAAGGGUGAGUCUUUGACCAUGGGGAGAUUCUAUGGUAUUGCUUCUGUAGCAGAGACAAUUCCAUCUCUCUUCAGGCAGUUUUUGGCAGCAAUGAGGCAUUUGAUGACUAUGAUAAAAGUUGCUUUCCUUCUUGUCAUUGAACUUGGGGUGUUCCCUUUGAUGUGUGGAUGGUGGCUAGAUGUCUGUACGAUAAGGAUGUUUGGGAAGUCAAUGUCUCAAAGAGUUCAAUUCUUAUCAGCUUCUCCUUUAGCGAGCUCAUUAGUUCAUUGGGUUGUAGGAAUUGUGUACAUGCUGCAAAUAAGCAUUUUCGUUAGCCUUCUCAGAGGGGUUUUGCGUAAUGGAGUGCUGUACUUUCUUCGAGAUCCUGCUGAUCCAAACUACAAUCCGUUCCGUGAUUUGAUUGACGACCCUGUGCACAAGCAUGCUCGCAGGGUUCUGUUAUCAGUUGCUGUUUAUGGAAGUUUGAUUGUGAUGCUGGUGUUCUUACCGGUUAAACUUGCGAUGAGAAUGGCUCCCUCCGUUUUCCCACUUGAUAUUUCGGUGUCUGACCCAUUUACUGAAAUUCCAGCUGACAUGCUUCUCUUUCAAAUUUGUAUUCCAUUUGCCAUUGAGCAUUUUAAAUUACGGACAACAAUUAAAUCCCUUCUAAGGUAUUGGUUUACAGCGGUUGGCUGGGCACUCGGGUUAACAGAUUUCUUAUUGCCCAGACCUGAGGACAAUGGUGGUCAGGAAAACGGUAAUGGGUAUCCAGGAAGGCAAGAUAGACUACAGGCAGUACAAGUAGGUGUACAGGAUAGGGCCCUGGUGGUGCUUGCUGGUGCUGAUGAUCAAAACACUGAGAUUCUUGCAUCAGAGGACUCAAAUGUUUCGGAAGAAUACAUUGGUGAUGAACAGUCUGAUUCAGACAGGUAUGGCUUUGUUCUCCGCAUUGUCCUAUUGUUGGUGGUGGCUUGGAUGACUCUACUUAUCUUCAACUCUACCUUGAUAGUUGUGCCAGUUUCACUCGGAAGGGCUAUUUUCAAUGCAAUUCCUCUUCUCCCAAUGACACAUGGCAUCAAGUGUAAUGAUCUAUAUGCUUUCAUCAUUGGAAGCUAUGUAAUUUGGACUGCCAUAGCUGGUGCUAGAUACUCCAUUGAGCAUAUUAGAACUAAGAGGGCUACAGUUUUGUUGAGCCGAAUCUGCAAGUGGUGUGGUAUUGUCUUUAAAAGUUCUGCACUUCUGUCAAUAUGGAUUUUUGUUAUCCCUGUGUUGAUUGGGCUACUAUUUGAGCUUUUGGUAAUUGUGCCAAUGCGAGUGCCUGUGGAUGAAAGCCCGGUUUUCCUACUGUAUCAGGAUUGGGCAUUGGGCCUCAUCUUUCUUAAGAUCUGGACUAGACUGGUUAUGUUGGAUCACAUGAUGCCACUGGUAGAUGAAAGUUGGCGAAUAAAAUUUGAGAGAGUGAGAGAAGACGGCUUCUCUAGGCUGCAGGGCCUUUGGGUGUUGCGUGAGAUCGUGUUCCCAAUCAUAAUGAAGCUGUUGACAGCAUUAUGUGUACCUUAUGUUUUAGCCAGAGGGGUGUUUCCUGUGCUGGGGUAUCCGUUAAUAGUAAACUCUGCAGUCUACCGGUUUGCCUGGCUGGGAUGCCUCUGCAUCAGCCUAUUGUUCUUCUGUGCCAAGAGAUUUCAUCUCUGGUUCACCAAUCUUCACAAUUCCAUACGUGAUGAUCGCUAUUUGAUUGGCCGUAGGCUUCAUAACUUUGGGGAACACACUGGAGAGAAGCAAAUUGAGGCAGGGACUUCCUCUGAAAUGCCAGAUUCUAAUCUGCAUGGCACUGGUUUAAUUCCACAUGACGAAGAAGUCGAUGUGGGGUUGCGGCUGAGGCGAGCUCACCAACAUGACGCAUGAGAAAUGUGUUGUCAGUUUUGGCAUCGUUGAGCCUGUAGUACGCCAUAUUUCAGCAGGAUGUAUACACUUUCUUCUGGGUCUUUAAAAUGCUCUGUUAAGUUCAGGGUUAUGUGCGGUUUGUGCAUAUUGUAUUUGUUAAGUUAGUUGACGAAAACAAUAUACUUAUACUGUCUAUAAAAUUGCAUGUAUCUUAUAUUUUUCAUGUUUA